AUGAAGCGGUGGUUUAUUUUUUCUGAAACGGCAUAUCGUUCAGACGGGGACAUCGCGACCGUAUGCCCGCUUCUCGGUUUGCCGCCUGAACUACUUUUACAGAUUGUUUCCUACUUAUCCAUUAUCGAAGAAAUAUGCCUUUUCAUGACCUGCAAGCAAUUGUACGCAGCAUACGGCCCCAUUUCGAAGCCAGAGUCGGUGCAAGUCCAUCGACCGGCUGCAGCUAUACCUCAGUCCUUUUACAAUUAUACCUCUGUUGCCCUUCGAUGGAAACUCCUCCGUUAUUUGGAGAAUGACCGUUGGCAGGCUUGUUUUAGGUGUUUAGUACUGCACCCGCCGGCUUCGUUUCCUAUGCAGAAGGAGGAUUUUGAACAUGAAGAGCUACUCUGUAGCCUGGGUCUUCUUGCAGGCAUUGUGGAGAUAUGUCCUUGCAAGAAGCUCACCUUCCAUGAGACAAUGGGUCUGCGUGAAACAUUGAGAACACGGCAAAGGUCGCUUGGCGCCUUAUCAACCCAGCUUGCCCCUGGUUCUUUGGAACGAUUCUGUUGGCAUUCCUGUACGCAUCACUCUGGAAGCACGCAGCUUGCAAUCGCAGUGUUUCCCAGGCUGGAGUCGGAGGACCAGCUGAUCAUUAAAACCGAGUAUCAGCUGUCAAUCACGCAGGAACAUCCAGGGGUGGAACCAUUGACUCCGUAUCAAGCCUGUGCACAUCGGUACUUGGACUCAUGGCUUGCGAGUGUCUGCCAGAGGACUCCAUAUGGUUUACCCGAUAGACACUGCACCCCAUGUAGCAGAAUAUUCAGAUGUGAAUUCUGCAAUACAACGCUCAAGUGUCUCCAUGUGUGGCCCCGUGGCAAGGUCGACAGACAGGGAAAAAGGACGUAUCUAUUCUACACUGAGCGAAAUCUGGGGAGGGCAUCGUCGUUCCCAGACAAGAUAUGGGCUGCCCAAAGAAGUCAUCCGCUCUUAACAGAGGCCAGAUAG